AUGGAAAACAUCCCAAAAUUGGAAGAUACAGAAAUACAGCAAAUUAAUUUCAAAAAUGAAGAUUUCAGGAAAUUGAUUCUGUUUUGGGCAAAUCAGCAGGCAGAAUGUAAGGAAAAUAUUGAUACAUAUUUAACAUCAAAAAAUAAGAAUCUAUUUCUUAAUACAUGCACACUCAAGGGAAAAUGGAAAUCCACGGUAGACGGCAAGACCCCGGAGAUGAAAAUCUACAACUCCUUUAACUACACCCAAGAUAUCAAAUAUGAAGCCAGGCUUCUAGAACUCCCCCUGCAUGAUGAUGACAUGAAACUAGUGUUAACAGUGCCGAACGAGCACGACACGCUAUCUACCUUAGUCGCCACUCUAGCUAACAACGGGCUAGGGGAAGCCAUCAACAGUAUAAGACCAUUGUUCACAGCAUGUACAGUACUCACCGCGCCUGAUGUAAAAUUUAAUUCCGAAUUGAGAACUACUAUUGACGAUUCUAAAGCAACAAUUCAAUAUGGCGACAUUGAUAUAAACGAAAAUGGUGUUUCUGCUAAAGUUCUAACAUGUCUGUUCACGCCCAAUAAUGGAAUUAAUCCAUCGCAUUAUACAGAGGAACAGACGCAGCCAUCUUAUUUCUUCGCUGUAACGUUCAAGGGCACAGCAAUACUUACAGGGAAUUUCAUACCUUCAUAG